AUGAAGAAAAAAAGAAAGUUAGAGUCGUUAAAUAUACUUGAUCUUCCAUUGGAUGUGAUCAAGAUAAUAGUGUCAUAUUCACCAAGAGAAUGCUUACAAAUCUCAAAAUUGUUCUGCAAAAUCGUUAGAAGUUUAAGAACACAAAUUAAACUGGGAGACUAUAAAAAAUACAAUUUAUCUACAAACUCAAUAUUGAACACAAUAUUCAGCUCACAUAACAUCUCCACUCUGAAUGUCAGUGGAUGGACUAAGUGGACUGACAGCUCACUGCAAUAUUUGGCACGAAUGAUAAAAAUCGGUUAUUUUAAAAAUCUGAGCAUGAUUUAUAUGCGAAAUUGCAAUAACGUUUCUAACAAAUCCUUACACAUUCUUCUACCAACUAUAGGAAAGAAUCUUAAGGUUUUGGACAUUUUUAACUGCAAAAAUAUAAAUUACAAGGUUUUUGGGUUAUCAAAUCAAAAUCUAGAGUCUUUGUAUCUUGGUUAUUCAAAGACUUCUGAUGUUCCUUCCGACAACGCCAAUGUUCUGGAAUUUUUUUUCAAUAACAUUUUAAACACAAAACCUCUAAUUCUUUUCCCUAAACUUGAAAGAUUACAACUGUAUAACUAUUCCGGCAUCAAAUCUCUCCACCCACUAGUUAAUGUAGCAAAAUCACUCAAAUUUCUCGAUAUUCGAGGCUGUACAUCAAUUGAUCCGGCCGAAUUCAAACAUAUUUCUGCCCUCACUAAACUUGAAAAUCUUCAGAUAGGUAUGAAUGUGGAUAACGACACACUUUUGGACAUAAUUAAUUCCUGUAAUAAUAUUUCCGUGCUAGAUAUUUCUGGAUCUCAAAUUUCCUCUGAGGUUGUCGAGGCCAUUUGUUCGAAACUAUCAUCUCUCUCAAGGCUUAAGCUGACCAAGUGCACGUACGUUUAUUAA